AUGAUUGGAAUGUUCUUAGACCUGCUCUUAGACCUGCUCAUAGACCUGCUCUUAGACCUGCUCUUAGACCUGCUCUUAGACCUGCUCUUAGACCUGCUCUUAGACCUGCUCUUAGACCUGCUCUUAGACCUGCUCUUAGACCUGCUCUUAGACCUGCUCUUAGACCUGCUCUUAGACCUGCUCUUAGACCUGCUCUUAGACCUGCUCUUAGACCUGCUCUUAGACCUGCUCUUAGACCUGCUCUUAGACCUGCUCUUAGACCUGCUCUUAGACCUGCUCUUAGACCUGCUCUUAGACCUCCUCUUAGACCUCCUCUUAGACCUCCUCUUAUAUCUUCCGUGUGAGGACUGA